GAUAAUAAUAUUACAUUAUAAAUGUGAUCACGAUUAUGAUCCAUUCAAAAUAACUUAACCGUAUUGUUAUAGUGCCAAGGUUAUAUUCAUAUACGAAUUGAGAGUAUUUUGGUAAUCCGGCGGCUGGCCUCAGUUCUAUAGUUUUGGUUACCUACUGUAGGUUGUGUUGGAUUUGAUUGUAAACAAAAAUGAGUGGUUUUAUUCUUAAACGUCGGUCUUAUGCAGUAGCGAGUUAUUUCCGAUGGAUGCGAUACUCAUCGACAACAAACAAACCUUUCGAAUCAAUUCCUGGUCUGUCGUCUCUGCCAGUCAUAGGCCCCAUUCAUCAUUUUCUACCUGGGAUUGGGUCGGUGGGACCCAGUGCGAAUUUUUUCGAGUUAUCGAAAAUUUUAUUUGAGAAGUACGGAUCGGUAGUUAAACUGGACGGUAUUUUUGCAAGAGCAUGCCUGGUUAUUUUAUAUGAACCAGAACACUUUGAUCAGGUUUAUAGGUCCGAAGACUUAGAAGCACCGUCGCGGCCAGGUUUUGAAACUCUGGUUUAUUACAGAACCGAAUUAAGAAAGUCAACAUAUGACGGUGUUUACGGACUCACUACUGCGCAAGGUAUGCAAUGGCGUGAUUUCCGGACUAAAGUCAAUCCAGCGCUCUUGAAACCAAAGUUGAUAAAACUUUAUACACCAUCGUUAGAGGAAAUUGCUGAGGAUAUGGUUGCAAGAUUAGAUGAACACAUGGCGCCGAUUAAAUGGUUGUUCAGGCUAAAAGAUGACGUCGCCCUGCAGAGUAACUUGGAUUUGGAAAUUACGAAGUGGUCAUUAGAAUCCAUAGCUGUCAUAGCUUUAGGAACCAGACUUGGCUGCUUAGAAGACAACCUUACAGAAGACCAUCCGGCGCGAGUUCUAAUAAAAUGUGCUAAAGACACAACAGAUCUUGCUUUGAAGUUAGAGUUCUUUCCGAGCUUAUGGAAAUUUUAUGCUACGUCAAAUUUUAAGAAAAUGAUGAAAACUCUCGAUUUACAAUGGGAAACGAGUGUUAAAUUCAUCGAAGAUGCAAAAAGAAUAAUAAAGGAUAGAGCUCAUGAGCUUCCUGAAGAAGAUAAAAGUGUUAUUGAAAAACUCAUAGCUAUUGACGAUAAAGUUGCUACAGUAAUGGCAAAUGAGAUGCUCUUUGCAGGAAUUGAUACGGUCGCUUUUACAACAAUUGCCCUUUUAUACAACUUGGCGAUACAUCCCGAAAUUCAAGACAAAUUACGAGAAGAUAUACGCUCAGCGGACAAAAGUAAUCGAUAUCUAAAAGCCUGUCUCAAAGAAUCACUGAGGCUUUUCCCGGUAAUACCGGCGAAUUUGCGGAGAACUACUAAGGAUCAUUUUGUUGCUGGAUAUCAUAUACCCAAAGGAGUUGACGUUGUAGCACCACAUGAGUUUUUAUCAAGAAUGGACAAAAACUAUCCUCGGGCGACGGAGUUUAUUCCAGAGAGAUGGGUGGUGGAAAAAUCGGAUCCUCUAUACUAUGGUAACUGCCAUCCCAUGGUCACGUUGCCUUUUGGGUUCGGCGUAAGGUCCUGCAUUGGAAGAAGAAUUGCAGAGCUGGAGAUUGAAGUUUUUAUGAAGAGAUUCAUACGUGAUGUUAAAGUUACUUGGGAGGGACCUCCUAUCCAAGUCACUUCAAAAGUUAUAAAUAAUUUUAAGAAACCUUAUUAUUUUAAGUUUGAAACUGCACUCUAAUGUAAAGAAUUGCUUUUAACACCAAACCGUUAAAUCCGUAAUAAUAUUUACCAAACGAAGAUUGUUAAAUAGUUAUUGCAUUAACAAUCAUACUAUAUACUGCUAACUAUAAAUAAUUGAUAAAUAUUAAUAAUGAUUGUUUAUUGGAAUCAGUUAAGGGUAAAGUACAUGCGUUUAUGAUGAGGAUUUAAAAUUUGAUAAUUUAACAACUUUAAAUCCUAAUCUGAUGCAAGAUACUGUUUUUUCAGGUAUUAUAUAAGUUUUAGUUUUUAUUU